AUGUCACACUUCUUUACAGUUGUCGCUUUGAGGAGAGGCAGAGGGGAUGUUGCCGUCGUGGGCGAUUGCCACAUAGUUAGAAAAAAAGAAACUGUUUCGGUUGUUGCUGCUCCCAAAAGGAAGACGAAGCAAAAAGAAGAAACCCAUGUCGAAGAGGAAGUAGAAAAACAGGUUCGAAAGCAUGCACAUACUGCGACCAUUUCUCUUCCUUUGUCGAAGAAAAGAACUAAAGAGAUGGAGGAAGAUGAUGACGAUAAGUCAUCUCUAAAGCCUACCCGACUGGAGGCGUCUCAUCCUAAUUCAACAUUUGAUGCCACCUAUGAGCCCCGACCAAUUGAGAAGAAGAAAAAGAAAAAUCUCAAAAAGCCUACCUCUCACGGAGGUCUACCCCUUGACAAGGAUCCUAAGGCACCCACUUUUUCUAGUAUUGAUUGGUCGGCGCCUCCCAACACUAGCUCCCACUCUGUGCAUCUGACUAUCAUUGGGGACCAUGACCCUGAGACUAAUAAGGAUAAUAAAUAUGAAGACCUUAGCAAAGAUGAUUACCAAAUCACCAAUUCAAUCCCAGUGACCAGUUCUGUGCCCCUUCGUGAUGAGGAUCGAGACUCUGACAAUUCUGAUGAUGUUGACGAUUCGACUGGGGGGCCAAUUGCUUCCGGCGGAGAGAAGUCAAAUUCCUUGUCUGAGGAUUAUGAGGACACUCCUUCAGAAGAUGAUAAAGACUUUGAGGAUGCAAGACCCGAGUCAGAGAAUGAAGCAAGCAAAGUUGUAGAUGCCACUUGGGCUGAAUCACAACUUGGUAUGACCAAGUCCUUUGGUGUUGCAACUAUUACUUAUAAACCAAUCAAAGAUUUAUAA